CUUCCUCGUGACAUCACGCGGCUCGGGGAAAAGUGCGAGCGUGAGCGCGAGUCGGAGCCACAACGCCGGGAGCUGCGGGCGGAGCAGGGGCCGCCCCUCGACACCCCGUCCCCGCCCCCGGCCCUCGGCCCGGCCGCCCGCCCCGCUGGCCCGCCGGGCCGCGCGUCCGUCCCGCCGUCUGUCUGGCGCGAGGGGAGCGGGGCAGAGGCGGCGGGUAAGUGGCUCCGCGGCGGCGCGGGGGCGGGGGGCUCGCCGGGAAGAGCAGGAAGCAGGUCCCCGGGACGCUCUGAGGCUCCCCAGAGGUGGGUUCGACUGGGACUGGGCGCCAGAACCCCUCCGGGGCGAGCGUGGUGCCAGGAGCUGCAGAGGGCCGGGGCUGGGGGACCCCGCUGGAAGCAAGGCCGGGGUCUCUCGGAGGCUUCUCCAGACACGGGCUACCCACCCCUGCUAACCAGUAUGGCCAACUUCACACCCGUCAAUGCCAGCUCUGGCAAUCAGUCCGUGCGCCUGGUCACGUCGUCAACCCACAACCGCUACGAGACGGUGGAAAUGGUCUUCAUCGCCACGGUGACAGGCUCCCUGAGCCUGGUGACUGUCGUGGGCAAUAUCCUGGUGAUGCUGUCCAUCAAGGUCAACAGGCAGCUGCAGACAGUCAACAACUACUUCCUCUUCAGCCUGGCAUGUGCCGACCUCAUCAUUGGCGCCUUCUCCAUGAACCUCUACACCGUGUACAUCAUCAAGGGCUACUGGCCCCUGGGCGCCGUGGUCUGCGACCUGUGGCUGGCCCUGGACUACGUGGUAAGCAAUGCCUCCGUCAUGAACCUUCUCAUCAUCAGCUUUGACCGCUACUUCUGCGUCACCAAACCCCUCACCUACCCCGCCCGGCGCACCACCAAGAUGGCAGGCCUCAUGAUUGCCGCCGCCUGGGUCCUGUCCUUCGUGCUCUGGGCGCCCGCCAUCUUGUUCUGGCAGUUUGUGGUGGGCAAGCGGACGGUGCCCGACAACCAGUGCUUCAUCCAGUUCCUGUCCAACCCGGCAGUGACCUUCGGCACAGCCAUCGCUGCCUUCUACCUGCCUGUGGUCAUCAUGACGGUGCUGUACAUCCACAUCUCCCUAGCCAGUCGCAGCCGGGUCCACAAGCACCGGCCUGAAGGCCCUAAGGAGAAGAAAGCCAAGACGCUGGCCUUCCUCAAGAGCCCACUGAUGAAGCACAGCGUCAAGAAGCCCCCGCCCAGGGAGGCCGCCCGGGAGGAGCUGCGCAAUGGCAAGCUGGAGGAGGCCCCCCCACCGGUGCUGCCACCACCGCCGCGCCCCAUGGCUGACAAGGACACUUCCAAUGAGUCCAGCUCAGGCAGUGCCACACAGAACACCAAGGAACGCCCAGCCACAGAGCUGUCCACCACAGAGGCCACCACGCCUGCCAUGCCCGCCCCUCCCCUGCAGCCUCGAGCCCUCAACCCAGCCUCCAAAUGGUCCAAGAUCCAGAUUGUGACGAAGCAGACGGGCAAUGAGUGUGUGACAGCCAUUGAGAUCGUGCCUGCCACACCGGCCAGCAUGCGCCCCGCGGCCAACGUGGCCCGAAAGUUCGCCAGCAUCGCUCGCAACCAGGUGCGCAAGAAGCGGCAGAUGGCAGCCCGGGAGCGCAAGGUGACACGGACCAUCUUUGCCAUUCUGCUAGCCUUCAUCCUCACCUGGACGCCCUACAAUGUCAUGGUCCUGGUGAACACCUUCUGCCAGAGCUGCAUUCCUGACACCGUGUGGUCCAUCGGCUACUGGCUCUGCUACGUCAACAGCACCAUCAACCCCGCCUGCUACGCUCUCUGCAAUGCCACCUUUAAAAAGACCUUCCGGCACCUGCUGUUGUGUCAGUAUCGGAACAUUGGCACUGCUAGGUAGGCAAGCAGGAGUGCCCUAGGAGGUGCUGGGGUUGCGUGUGUGUGCUGGGGGCCCACAUGGCUCACCUGCUGUGGGGAAGAAUUGCAGGCACCAUUCCGUGUUCGCUUUCGCUGAGGAGGAAGUUCAGAAGAGGCUCUGGCUGCAUUCAGAGAUCAGAUCUCUGCUCAGGCUGAGGAGGCUCACCCCAGGGAGUGUCUGUCUGAACUGGGGCUGCCUGGCCCACCUCUGUGGCCUUGGCGCUGGCCUGGGUGGGCGCCUGCCCCACUGUGACCAACCAUCAGCAGAGCUGGAAGAAUGGACAUCUGGACGGGGCCGAAGCCCAGGGCCCCCUCAGGAGGAACAAAGGGGCCAGUGCUUGGAAGGAGGCUUGGGAAGGGCAUGGAGGGGUGGGGUCCCCUAUUCUGCUGUAAUCGGUGCUUUCCGCCCCCCUGCACCCCGCAUGUAGGCUCAGCCCCCUCUCCCCUAAUCCCACUCCAGGGGCAGAAAUCUUCUCUGGCUGCAGCUGCUUAGCCAGGUUCUGGGUGGGCAUGAUGGAGGCCAGGUCCCCCCAACCCCAGCAGCACUGCCCUUGUCACAGUAAGACGGGGCAGCGGGGAGGUCAGGGGUUCUCUCUCAGGAACUGAGGUCUGGCCUCCUGCAAUCCCAGGCUGAGCCAAGGGGGGUCCACUUAUUCGGAAGACAGGCCCCUGCCUCCCCAGCCUUAGAAGGCUGUCCCAGGUCACACGUCAAGUCAGGGUGAGGCUGUGGUGGGCAGCGUUCCCAUCUACUCUCUUCAAACCUCUCACCCUCUGGCCUCUGGAGGGUGGAGGCCUGGGUCACACAGGCAAGAAGAAAGGCAUCGACCUACUCGGGUUUCCGUGACAGUGGGGGUGGGCAGUGAGAUAGGCACUCAACCCCCAAUCUGCUGCCCCCCCCCCAUGGGUAGAACCUUCCUGAUUGGCUGUGGGUUGGACCAAAAGACCUUUAACUGGGUGAGGUUGAGAUGGGCGUGGUGAUUCCAGUGUCAGGCAGGUUCCCUUCCCCAGCCCUGGUCCCUGGGAGAUAUGAGGACUGAAAGGCUUAGGGGACUUGAUGGGGGGCAUCCUUUCAGGGGCCCUGGAAGAAAUUCUUGAAAUUGUUCUUUUUCCAUGAGCUCUGGGGAGCACCAACCACCAGGCCCCCAACCCCCUGAAACCCACCAGUCCCUGCAGCCUGGUCUUUCUUCCCAGCUUCCCAGCCCCAGACACAUUUCCACAGCAAACUCCUUGGGAAGGGGCUUUUAUAUAUUAAAAAAAGAAAAGCUUUUAUUGGGGGAAAA